AUGCGGAAGAAGUGUGGAAGGUUCUUCCGCGGAUUCCUGCGGAACAAGGUUCUACAGGAUCUUCCGCGUGAUCCAACAAAAGAAGGUCGUGCGUUAGGAGCUGGUAGAGGUAGAAGCAUUAGUGAGGAUGCGCAUGAAGCUGAUGUUCCUCGGUGUCGCAGGCCUACUGCUUCAGCACGUAGGCAAUGGGUUCGUCUGCGUGAGGACGUCACAGAGAGACCUGAGGAUGUGGCUCAGUUGCAUGAGGAUGUUCCUCAUGUGUCUGAUGCCACCCCAGAGAUGAUAGGCCUCGCCGAUGCUGUUCAGACAGAGGGAGUGGCUACUAAUGGGAGCUUGGGGUCACCUGCUGCAGAUGAGGGAUUCCCCGGUGGACCACGCGACCCAUCGACUUUGCUGAGCAUGUCGCACACAGCAUCUGGAGUGGACAGGUGUUCUGUUAUCACCAUUGAUCCUGGACUCAUAUCCGCUUUCGUCGAGAGGUGGCAUCGCGAGACUAGCACGUUCCACCUGCCAGUAGGCGAGUUGGCGAUCACGUUGGAUGACGUGGCGUCACUCCUACACAUUCCCAUCACUGGCGCGCUGCAUACGUUCGAGCUGCUGAUUACUUCAGAUGCGAUUGGUCUACUGACGGAGCUUCUUGAGGUUAGUCAUGAGGAGGCUACAUUUGAGACCCAACAGGCUGGUGGGCCUCAUGUCCGGUUGGGGUGGCUUCGGGACUUGUAUGAGAGCCAGUGCAGGGCCGGACGAUGGGUUGUAGCAGCCUGCAUGUAUCUACUCCACUUGGUGGGUUGUACUCUUUUCGCCAACAAGAGUUCAACCCAUGUACAUGUCGUGCACCUGGAGGCUUUCAGGGACCUGGCCCAGGCAGGGGGAUUCAUCUGGGGAGUGGCUACAUUAGUCCAUAUGUACGAGCAUCUGAACGACGCGUCGCAGGCCUCUACACGGCAGUUGGGCGGUUAUAUUACACUUCUCCAGUGCUGGAUAUACGAGCACUUUCCUACAGUGCAUACAUCCGUCGUUCAUGAUGCUUAUGAUGAGGGGAGCCCACGGGCCUGCAAGUGGCUUACGGGUAAGGCUCAUAUGACGGGGAUCAAGGGAGCCCCGUAUCGGAGACGUUUGGAUGCCCUGACUGUGACUGACGUGUGCUGGAUGCCCUAUGGUGAGCACCGGGGAGUUAGGGGCUUUGACUUGAUAUCGUCGUACACCGGCCAGCUCAGAUGGGGUCAGAUUGUGGUGUACGUUCGACCUGAGCGGGUUCUUCGACAGUUUGGCUACCUUCAGACGGUCCCUCCGCCGCCGGUUUGUGAUUCUUUGACGGGUGAUGAUAUAGAUGACCAGUGGCUGCAUUUUUCAGACCAUUUGGUGCCUUCAGGGGAGCUCUGUGUAGUUCCUGGACAGGUGGCGCCUGACUACAUGGAGUGGUUUUUUUGGAUAUCGCACCCAUUUUUCACGCGGACCGAGGAGACUGCUGCAUCAAGACAUGCCUAA